AUGAAUGGACUGACACCGGAAGAGGGCAGAGUGGAGGUUCGCAUCAAUGGAACUUGGGGUACUCUCUGCGACAACGGCUUUGACAUCAACGACGCCCAUGUCAUCUGCCGAAGUCUUGGCCUAACCGGGGCACUUGGUACCACACCAUUGUCGGAGUUUGGACCAAGUUCUUUGAAUAUACACGCGAUUGAUCUCCAGUGCAACGGGAACGAAACUGACAUCUCGGAAUGUCCCAGGAGAGAACUUAAGAUCCAGACAAUGGGAUGCAACUCAUUUUUCAACGAGGCUGGUGUAAGAUGCUCAGAUUGUCGGGAUAUCAAUCCUAGCUGUGAAGAAUGGGCCAGGCAGGGAGCUUGCGAGUCUUACCCUUCAGAGGUCCUGCCCGUUUGUCAGACUAGCUGCCACCAGUGUACCCUACUCAACAUAAAUGAUUCAGCAUCAGCUCUCACGGAAGAAGAAACGUGUGUGGCAGGACAUUGCUUCCUGGAUUCCAACAAUGCCCAAAAUUGUAUACCAGCUGUGGAUGUAUGUGGUGUUACAGGGUGGUAUCAAGGGGUGUUAUGUGUACCAACUCCGAUUGCCGGCGUUCCGUCAUCCAUGCGAUGCAUGGAUUUGACAACUGAACGAACAAGGACCACUCUAUCUCCGUUGAAAUCGGUAGAAAAAUUGAGAUGGAGAAUGAAGGGGCUCAGUCGUUCAACGGUGGAAGCCAACCUGAAAAUAGAAGAAGCUCUAAUGAAACUAAUCGGCUAUUUCGCGUACAUUCAGCGUUACAAUUUAGAACUGCAUCCAGAGCAAAUAUUAGCCCGACAGAGACAGGAUACAGUCUUAUUUCUUUAUAAUACGAGUUUAGUCUCCAUCGAAGCAAACACCUUCACUGGAUUUCCGAACCUUCUGACACUAAUCUUAGGUUCGAACAAGAUACAGAAGAUCAGGAAUACAGCUUUCACUGGUUUACACAAAUUGCAACAUAUGAAUAUUCAAUGGAGCGAGCUAUCUUCGAUUGAAAAAGGCACAUUUACACAUUUGAACAGUCUUCUUUACUUGGAACUCUUUGGGAACCACUUAGAAUACUUGCAACCUGGCGUGUUUACUGGAUUGAGCAAUCUUCGAGAACUAGGUCUACACCUCAAUAGGAUCCAAGGCAUCGACAAGGGGGUUUUCGACGGACUGAAGGAAUUAGAAUUCUUGUAUCUGUAUGAAAAUCAAAUCAGCCAUCUAGAUGUUGGGGCAUUUUCUGAUCUUGAAAACCUUAAAAUAUUGUAA